AUGGAGAAGGGGAAGUCGGUGGUCGCGGAGCUCGCGGCGUCGUUCAGCGGCGUCCAGGUCACGCCCCGCCGGAAGCCCGCGAGCACGCCGCCAGCGGCCAACUUAUAUUCUCCCAUGAAGAAGGCCAGGCCUCGGAAAUUGGUCAGUCUGUGCAUUGGCGUCCUUGGUCAGCAUCUUGAAGAUAUUAUCAAUGAUAUUUCUGAAUUUACUGAGUUAUUUCCACCCCACAUAAAGUUGGCAAUUCUGUCUAUCGCAAGGAGGAGGAGAUUACUGAAUGACGAUGUUCUGGUUUCUCUUGUUGAUAGCUCCUGGAAGAUCCUAGAUAUAUCUGGGUCUGAGGUUACUGACGUUGGCCUGGCUACUGUGGCACAUACUUGUAGUAACUUAUGGGCAGUUGAUAUUAGUCGCUGUGAAAAAAUAACUGUUGCUGCCGUUUCAGAAAUUAUAUGCCACUGCCCAUCCCUGGAGAUAUUAAGAUGCGGAGGUUGUCCAAGAAGCGAAUUCACUGCCCGUGGGUGUGUCAAUCUCCUGAAACCCAAACUGAAUACCCUUGAAGAGGACUCAUGGGAGGAGCUCGAAGCAGUUGAUUUCGGCAGUGGCGCGCAAUCUUUAAGAUGGCUAGUUUGGCCCAAGAUAGGUGAGAACUCAAAGGAAAUUCUCGCCGCAGAGUGUCCUCGUGUUAUCGUCAACCCGAAGCCAUCACUCCUUGACCUCGGUGGAUCCAAGACCCCAAGUGAAGCAUUGGCAAGCGUACCACUGGAUCAUUCAGUGGUACAAGACAUUGAUCCAAAAACAUGGGCAGUUUCUGCCGCUCCUCGAAGAGCCGUUGCUGCUCCACCUCGUCCAAAUGCUCCUCCUGAAAUACCGAUCGCGGAGAGGUUCAGGCUAGCGUAUGUGGAAAGGGACGCAAGGCUGGCACCAAAGAGGGCCAGGAGGGAGAGGCAGCACCGACGCCGUGCAGAAAGGGAUUACUUGAUGAAUGAUAUCGACGCCAAGUCUGUCGCCCUUGCGAGUAAAUACCUAAGCAAGGGCUAGUGAUGACUGUUCUUGUGUUGUUUUGGGGUGUUGUAUGUAUUAGUGGUUGUCUAAAUACAAUGGAAGAAAUGCCCGCAAAAAAAAAAGUACUUACUGUGCAAUGAAAGAAAUGUCGGGUUGUGUAAGAAAGGAACAGUUGCAUCCCAUCAGGAGCACGGUGGAGGCAUCGAUGCAUCCAACUAAAUGAAAACUGAAGCAGUUUUGCAUGA